AUGCCCCGGGAAAAGGUCGCCGACACGCGCAUCCAUCGGUUCAAGUACAAGGGGAAGGACAUGAACGAGCUGAGGCGGCAGCGGAUGGAAGUGACCGUGGAGCUUCGCAAGAACAAAAAGGAGGAGGGCCACAUGAAGCGUCGCAACCUGGGCUCCUCGCUCAUGGAGGCGCCCGGCGACCACAUGGACGACCGCGACUCGCCCGUCUUGAACACCAGAUGUCUCCCCAACGUCAUGACCGUCGGCGACAUCAUAUGCGGAGUGAAGAGCGGCAACUCUGAGCAACUCCUGUAUGCGACGCAGGCGGCGCGGAAGAUGCUAUCCCGUGACAAGCACCCACCCUUGAACGACAUAAUCGCGGCGGGGCUAGUGCCGGAUUUCGUGGCGUGCCUGGACCGCGAGGACUGCCCGCCGCUGCAGUUCGAGGCGGCGUGGGCCCUCACCAACAUCGCGUCUGGCACCGGCGAGCAGACGGCCAUCGUGGUGGCGGCCGGGGCCGUCCCAGCGCUCGUACGCCUUGUCACCUCUCCGCACCCGCACAUCAGCGAGCAGGCCGUCUGGGCGCUGGGCAACAUCGCCGGUGAUGGGGCGGAGCACCGCGACCUCGUGGUCAACAGCGGCGCCGUGGGUCCGUUGGUCGCCCUGCUCGAGAACCGCGACAUCAACGAAUUCCACGUGGGCCUGCUCCGCAACCUGACGUGGACUCUGUCGAACCUGUGCCGGAACAAGAACCCGGCGCCGAGCGUAGCGACGGUGCUGAUGCUGCUGCCCGCAAUGGUGCGGCUGUUGCACCACGCCGACCACGAGGUCCAGGCGGACGCUGCCUGGGCCCUCUCCUACCUCACCGACGGCACCAACGAGCGCAUCCACUUGGUGCAAACGCAAGGGGUCACGCCACGCCUCGUCCAACUGCUGGGCUGCGACAUGCCGACCGUCGUGACCCCAUGCCUGCGUGCGAUCGGAAACAUGGUGACGGGCACGGACGAGCAGACGCAGGUGGUGCUGAAGGCCGGUGCGCUCGACAUGUUCCCCAUGCUGCUGCGCCACCCCAAGAGCAACAUCCAGAAGGAGGCCACGUGGGCCCUGUCCAAUGUAGCGGCUGGCCCCAUAGACCAGAUCGAGCAGAUCAUCACUGCCGGCCUUGUGCCCCACCUCAUUCACGUCCUGGACAAGGGCGACUUCAAGUGUCAGCGCGAGGCCAUCUGGGCCGUGACGAACUUCACGAACGGCGGCUCCGUGGAGCAGAUCGUGUACCUCGUGCAGGAGGGCGUGCUCAAGCCCAUCCUGAACCUCUUCUGCUCCAAGGACAGCAGGAACGUGCAGGUGGCGCUCAACGCGCUGGGAAACCUCUUCCUGGCCGCGGAGAAGAUUGGCGAGGUGGAGAACAUGACGCUCAUGGUGGAGGAGGGCGAGGGGCUGGAGAACCUGGAGAUGCUCCAGAUGCACGAGAACGAGACCAUUUACAAGACGGCGCUCGCGCUCCUCGACAAAUACUUCAGCACCGAGGAGGAUGGGAAAGAGCUGGUGAGGCCGACGGUGACUGGGAGCGUGUACAUGUUCACUCAGCCCAGUGACGAACACGGCCGCGGCUUCGGCUUCUGAGCUGCCAACAG